AUAUGUAAAUAAAUUGCAAUUUGCAAAAAGAUUACAGAAUACAGAAUUGGGAAAAAAAAACAUUGGUCAAAAUAAUCAAAACCAAUAAUCAACAUGAUAACAUUGAUAACACCAAAAAUAAGUAAUUUUCAUCCGCACCAGACGUACCCGGCCUUCAAUAAUUUAUUGUUAGAAGAUUAGUUAAUAUUAUAAUCUCAGUGCAUUAAAAUAUUAUGAAGGAAGAAAAUUCCAAUAGGCUAUGGGUGCUGAAGUUUUGCCUAAAAGUGUUGUAUCCAAAGUUCAAUAUUUAUACCUUUCUCGUUUUCCUAGCUAUUAAGUACAGAUAUUAUGUCCAUAAAGGUCUAUUGACGCACAAGAAAAUGAACGUUUAUACAGUUAAAAGCCUUCCCAAAAACAUCACAACUUCACUCACAAAGGAGCAUAUUAUUCAAGAGGAAAAUGUACAUAUUCUCUCACACAAAUGUAUCAUAAUUCCAAAAGACGAUUUCAUACAAUUAAGUGUUGAAAAUUUCUUCUACAAAGACAAUGAAGUAUUAUGGGUAAUUAUGAAAUUAUCACCGAAUUUAAAAAAGAAAUACAAAUAUAAAAACUGCUGCCAAAAAGACAAAAGUAAUUUAAAAUAUAAUCUAGACUUUGUGACAUCUGAAAUUCAUAAGAAGUUAUGGAAAAGCUCCAACCUAGAGGCCAUUGAAAAUGAAAGAAUUGUACCUAUCGUAGGAUCAAACUUUGUCCAUGGAAAUACAGUUUAUACUAAUGAAGAGGAACUCCUCAGCAUGGCCUCAUCAUUUAAUCUUGAUAACAGCACCGAUAUUGAAGUAUCGUUUCAUCCAAUUUCCUCAUUUGAAUAUUCGCCAAAAAUAGCUGCAGCAGCUGAAGUGAGCCUUAUAGUAAAUGAAUAUGACCUAGAAAAUGAUUUUCUGAAAGAAGUACUUAGUAACUAUUUUGAAAUACCUAAAAUUGUAAGCUUAGAUGAUGUGAUUGGCAUAGAACUAACUCCUUCUAUACUAUUACAGUACAGUUACAAAUAUUUGGACAUGAUUGAAUCUACUAAAAAACUUUACUUCAUAUGCAGAAAACUGCAAGGUGAUGAAACAGUACCAAAAGAUAAAAGUAAAGUUGUGAAAACAUAUUACAUUGUUAAAGGUGUGACUCAGUUAACUCUAGGGGAGAACACUCAUGCAACAAAACCAAAGCAUAAAUAUUUAGAAGUAGAAAAUUCAGUAGGAAAUCUGCAUAAAAUACAUUCAUGCCCAGAUGGGUUGAGAGAAAAAUUUAAACAAAUUCAAGAUGCUAUUAAUCCUUUUCUGACUGGAGAAAUAGAUGAAUUAUCAGCUUCCCUGGCAAGUCCAAUCAUACCAAUGCUGCUUCUCACUGGUUCUACUGGGUCUGGAAGACAUUUGUUGGUGAAGACGCUGGCCAGAUGCAAUGGUCUCAACUCCUUACAUAUUGACUGCAAUGGGGUACAGAACUCGACGGCAAAGCAAACUGAAAGUAAAAUAAGCUCAAUGAUACAGAAGGCCAAAGCAGCUGCACCUGCCAUUGUUUUACUGGACAAUUUUGAGGUUUUAGCUGUAGACGCCGAGAACAACGAGGACUAUCGCGUUAUGGAAUACUUCGUCACGGCAAUAACAGAUUUGUACGAAAACUAUACGAAACAUCCCAUCAUAUUUAUAGCGGUAACCGAGAAAGUAGAUUUAAAACCAAACAUGAUGAGGAUAUUUUUGGAAAAGUUUCAUAUACCGAAACUAAAUGUACAGCAAAGAUAUGAACUUUUACUAUGGUACACAUCAGUUAUGGGUCUAAAUAUAUAUGACAACAGAAUAGAUAAUAAGAAUUCAAACCAAAAAUAUGUACAUAUUGACAGUGAAGAAAAGGAAUAUUUAAAUAGUUAUAUAAAAGAUGUCUUAUUCAGAGUGGCAUCAAAGACUGAAACUUUUGUGUACGGGGAUUUGGAUACACUUAUGCACUUUGCAAUGAGGGAGUCAUAUUUGAAACAAACUAAGGGAAAAUGCCAGAUAUCCAGCGAUCCCAAUCUGUGCCUUGUUCAAGAAGAGGAUUUUAACAAUGCUUUAGAAUCUAUAAGAAGCCUUCAAAGUCAACAUUUGGACGCGCCAAAAAUUCCGAAAGUUUACUGGGAAGACAUUGGAGGAUUGGAAAAACUGAAAAAGGAGUUAUUGAAAACCAUAGAAUUCCCAAUUAAAUUCCCACAUCUAUUUAAAAUGUCUUCCUUAAAAAGAUCCGGUAUUUUAUUAUAUGGACCACCCGGAUGUGGAAAGACCCUGGUCGCGAAGGCAGUCAGCACUGAGCUUAAUGUCAGUUUCAUGAGCGUCAAGGGACCUGAGCUAUUGAAUAUGUACAUUGGACAGUCUGAGGAAAACGUGAGGAAAGUAUUUGAAGCAGCGCGCGCUUCAUCGCCGUGUAUCGUGUUUCUGGACGAGCUGGACGCGCUGGCGCCGCGCCGGGGCGCCGCGGGGGACUCCGGCGGCGCCAGCGACAGGGUCGUCAGCCAACUGCUGGCAGAGGUCGACGGGGUUGCCAGUGGCGAAGACGCCGAUACAUCAAGCUUCGUGUUCAUAAUGGGUGCGACCAACCGGCCGGACUUGCUCGAACAGUCACUGCUGCGGCCAGGUCGCCUCGACAAACUCAUCUACGUUGGGCCUUACACCGGACUGCGGGAGAAAACCUCAGUUCUUAACGCGCUGUCUAGAAGCUACAAGCUCCGUCCAGAGGUGAAGUUGGAAGACGUAGCGGCGGCGCUUCCGGAGCGCUGCACGGGCGCGGACUUGCUGCAAGUGGUGUCGGUGGCGCGCGCGGCCGCCGUGCGCGGGCUCGUCGCCAAACUGCACGCCGGUCAGAUAAAAGAAAGCGAUCUUAGCAGUGACUCAGUGUUAAUUGGUGUAUCGGAACUUUGGCAAGGAGUUGAGGCGUUCCGACUCUCGGUCACAGAAGAAGAGUUGGCGUACUACGAGUCACUUCAGUCACAAAUGUAAUCUUCUAGUCUCAAAAUAAAUUUUGUUGGCGGGUAUAAUCAGCUUGAUAAAAUACUGAAACGUUCA